CUUUUUUUCUUAUUGAUAUUAUUUCUUUACUUUUACUCCCCUUUCCUUUUUAAUAUUACACAUAUAUCUGGAGAGAAAAAAUAAAAAGAAGACAAGCGAUUAGAGAAACAAACAAAGCCCAUGUCUCAUUCUAUUAAUUCUCUCUUUGACGACGAGGAGUCGAGUUGGACACCUUUUCCUGACAAUAAUAUCAACAGUAGUCGACGACCUAGUUUAUUACCACACCCUUCUGACCUGAGAACAUGGAGUUUUCGAGAAGAAGAAAAAGACCUGUUCUCACCCGGUUUUCAUCAUGUGGUGGCAGAGGAAGAGGCUUUUGAAAGGACUCGAAGCAAAUCAUCCGCAGCCAUCAUGGAUAUCUGGAACACCACCGCUGAUGAACCACAAGAAGAUUCUACAUGGAGAGCAGUGCAUUAUAGAUUUGAACAACGUAGAUUAUCCCUUGGACCCACUGUGUCAUCAUUAGAAAGGUGUGUGUGUGUGUGCGUGUGUGUGUGUGAAAUUUAUGCAUGUCUUAUUAAUCACAUCAUUUUGGAAAUCAGACGUCAUUCAUUAGCAGGUUCAAUGAGCUCAUUACUAGAAUUAGAGAGUCUAUCCGUUCGAGAAAGACCCACAUCAAUCAUACCAGUGAACGAAUCAGACUUAAAGAACACGGACGAGAUGGGUAAAGGUACACGAUUAGACGCCGAUGUGCUGAUGGAUGCUGUAUUUUAUGUGGUAGAAUUUAAAGGAGGUCGAUGGGAUGUGUUUUACAGUGCCUGUAACUAUAAAAAGAAUGAACUGGUGAUUGUCGAGGCGGAUCGAGGUCAUGAUUUGGGUAAAAUCAGUAUAGACAAUAUAUCAAGAGAUCAAUUAAAAGAAUACUAUACCUUAUUAAAGAACAUUAAUCAUAACACUGGCGAAUUAAAUACUACCGACGGUAAACUGCUUUAUCAACAACAUGAAAUUUUUAUCAAAUCCAUCUUUCGUACUGCUCUCAACGAUGAAAUCACUCUAUUAAUGGCUAAAAGUCAGGAUGAAGCCAAGGCCCUUAUGGUCUGUCAAUCCAAAAUUAAGCAAAAGAAGCUAAAUAUGCAGGUGGUCGAGGCUGAAUAUCAAUGGGAUAGACGUAAGCUGACUUUUUAUUUUGUUGCUGAGAAACGGGUUGAUUUUCGUGAAUUGGUGCGAGAAUUAUUCAAACUAUACAAGACUCGUAUUUGGAUGUGUGCCGUCAAUUCCAUAAAAGCCAUUUAAAUAAAAUAACAUAUUAUUUUAAUC